AGACAAGGUACUCAUCCGUAAAAUCUUAUGCUCGGCGCGGAAUCUUGCAGCUUGUGGUAAUGUACCGUGAUGACACAAGCUGUCCGAUUGGUUUGUCGCAUGCACUUGUAAACCAAUUGGCCAGUCAGACUGUGGUUUCAAGAAUCGGUGAUGGCAUUUUGAUCUUUUUUUCCUAAACUCUGCUCUGUAAUUUCAGUGACAACGCCGCCAUUUUGAAAGGAUGAGAAGGGCCUUCUCCACAACAUUAUUAGUUCUCGGCUUUACUGUACCGGUAUUAAUUGGCAUUGGUUAGGUCGUUUAUUCAACGUUGAGUCCCCUAACAGAAUAGGCGUCUUCCGCCUGGGCUAGGUAUGAUCCUUCGACCCUCCGACCGACAGUUUGAAUAUCCCUCCACUUUCUUCCGGUCUCCAUCAUUUCCCGCUUCUUGGACCAUCCCAUCAAUCUCAAUCUCCCUCCACACCCUCUUAACCCCCUUUUACCUCUUUUUUUCUUCCUUCUCUUUUUUCUAUUCCCCCCCUCCCAGUCGUAAUCGCUUUCCCUUCUCACACCAGAGAAUAAUCCCUUUCUCUGUUGUCUUGUCGAGUUGGUGGUCGUCGCCUCCUUUGAUUCGUCCCUUUUUUUUUUAUCCUGUGGCUGUCCCCCAGCUCAGCUCGGCCUCAAGGCCUUGCCCCUCCACCUCCCACCGCGUUUUUGGGUCAUCCGCCUCGAAUAGUUGGAAGUAAUAGGACUGUCACUCUGGGAAUACCAAAAUCAAUGUGGUAAACGACAUCGACGAAUAACCCUUCUAACCCUCGAAUCGAAUCCGACAUCAUGGCUGCGGUUCUUCUGCCCGCGCGCUUUCGCGGCGAGGCUCCCGUCACCGAAAGGACGACACCGUCGUGGUUCUCCAAGCGACUUACGCCCAUCGCCCAGUUCAUCUCCCGACUCGCGUGCUCUCACCCAAUCCACACCGUCGUCGUUGUCGCCGUCCUUGCGAGCACCUCAUAUGUUGGUCUUCUCCAGGAGAGCUUUUUCAGCACCGGUGUUGAAAGUGCUACUCUUGGCAAGGCCGACUGGUCGACCCUCGUUGAAGGUAGCAGAGUCCUACGCGCAGGACCUGAGACUGCUUGGAACUGGAAGGCCGUCGAGCAGGAUGCUGUAGCCAAUGCUGGUUCGGACGCCGACCACCUUGCUCUCCUGACUCUUGUCUUCCCUGACAGCCUGUCCGCCGAAUCAUCCAGCACUGCUCCUCGCUCUCACCACGUGCCUAUCCCUCAGAACCUGUCCAUUACAUCUCUUCCCUCUACCGAGAACCCUUUCACCGCCUAUUCCCAGGACAGCAUCCUCGCCUACGCUCUUCCCUACUCUGAGGGCCCCGAGUUCCUUGCUGCUGCCCAGGAGAUCCCCAACGAAGAUGCCGUCGAGAUUGAGACCAAGCACGGACGCGAGAAGAAAACAUGGAUCAUGAAGGCUGCCAAGGUCAACACUCGCAACAGUGUUGUCCAGUGGGUUAGCAAUGCUUGGACUGAGUUCCUCGACCUUCUCAAGAACGCCGAGACUCUCGAUAUUGUUAUCAUGCUUCUGGGCUACAUCGCUAUGCACCUGACCUUUGUUUCCCUCUUCCUCUCUAUGCGCAAGUUGGGUUCCAAGUUCUGGCUCGGCAUCUGCACUCUGUUCUCCUCUGUCUUCGCUUUCCUCUUUGGUCUUGUGGUCACCACCAAGCUGGGUGUUCCUAUCAGCGUGAUUCUUCUGUCUGAGGGUCUCCCAUUCUUGGUCGUCACCAUUGGCUUCGAGAAGAACAUUGUCCUCACCCGCGCUGUCAUGUCCCACGCCAUCGAGCACCGACGCAUCCAGGCUCAGAACUCCAAGUCUGGCAAGCGAUCUCCCGAGCGCUCUAUGCAGAACAUGAUCCAAUAUGCUGUUCAGGCCGCAAUCAAGGAGAAGGGUUUCGAGAUCAUCCGCGAUUACGCUAUUGAGAUUGUCAUUCUUAUCAUUGGUGCUGCUUCUGGUGUUCAGGGUGGUCUCCAGCAAUUCUGCUUUCUGGCCGCCUGGACCUUGUUCUUCGACUUCAUCCUCCUCUUCACCUUCUACACUGCUAUUCUCAGCAUCAAGCUCGAGAUCAACCGUAUCAAGCGCCAUGUUGAUAUGCGUAGGGCGCUCGAGGAUGAUGGUGUCAGCCGUCGUGUUGCCGAGAAUGUCGCCCAGGGUGAUGAUGAGCUGAACCGCGUCAGGGGCGACACCUCUCUGUUUGGCCGCAAGAGCAGCAGUAUUCCCAAGUUCAAGGUCUUGAUGAUUCUAGGCUUCAUCUUUCUCAACAUUGUCAACAUCUGCUCGAUCCCAUUCCGCAACCCCAGCUCCAUGUCCACCCUCCGAACCUGGGCCAGCAGUCUGGGCGGCGUCAUCGCUCCUCUCUCCGUUGACCCUUUCAAAGUUGCCUCCAACGGUCUGGAUGCUAUCCUCACUACUGCCAAGGCCAACAACCGACCUACCUUGGUCACUGUCUUGACUCCCAUCAAGUACGAGCUCGAGUACCCUUCGAUUCACUACGCUCUUGGUUCUGCUGCCAGCAACCCUGCCUACGACGAUGCUUUCCACCACCAUUUCCAGGGCUACGGUGUUGGCGGCCGCAUGGUUGGAGGAAUUCUCAAGUCUCUUGAAGAUCCCGUUCUCUCCAAGUGGAUUGUUAUUGCCCUUGCUCUCAGUGUUGCUCUGAACGGCUACCUCUUCAACGUAGCCCGCUGGGGAAUUAAGGAUCCCAAUGUUCCUGAGCACAGUAUCGACCGAAACGAGCUUGCCCGUGCGCAGCAGUUUAACGACACCGGCUCCGCUACUCUUCCUCUCGGCGAAUACGUCCCUCCUACUCCCAUGCGAACCCAACCCAGCACUCCUGCUAUUACCGACGACGAGGCCGAGGGUCUCCACAUGACCAAGGCUCGCCCUGCCAACCUGCCCAACCGAAGCAACGAAGAACUCGAGAAGCUCCUGUCCGAGAAGCGCGUCCGCGAGAUGACCGACGAGGAGGUUAUUUCUCUGUCUAUGCGUGGCAAGAUUCCUGGUUACGCUCUUGAGAAGACUCUCGGUGACUUCACCCGCGCUGUCAAGAUUCGACGAAGCAUUAUCGCUCGCAACAAGGCCACCACUGACAUUACCCACUCCCUCGACCGAUCCAAGCUACCUUACGAGAACUAUAACUGGGAGCGCGUCUUCGGCGCGUGCUGUGAGAACGUUAUUGGAUAUAUGCCUCUUCCCGUCGGUGUUGCUGGUCCCCUCGUUAUCGAUGGACAGAGCUACUUCAUCCCCAUGGCUACUACCGAGGGUGUCUUGGUUGCCAGUGCCAGUCGAGGUUGCAAGGCCAUCAACUCCGGUGGCGGUGCUAUCACUGUCCUCACUGCCGAUGGUAUGACUCGUGGUCCUUGUGUCGCUUUCGAGACUCUUGAGCGCGCUGGUGCCGCCAAGCUCUGGCUUGACUCUGAAGCUGGUCAGGAUAUGAUGAAGAAGGCUUUCAACUCUACCAGUCGCUUUGCUCGUCUUCAAUCCAUGAAGACCGCCCUUGCCGGUACCAACCUGUACAUCCGAUUCAAGACCACCACUGGUGACGCUAUGGGUAUGAAUAUGAUUUCCAAGGGUGUUGAGCACGCUCUGAGCGUCAUGGCCAACGAUGGAGGUUUCGACGACAUGCAGAUCAUCUCUGUCUCCGGUAACUACUGUACGGAUAAGAAGGCCGCGGCCCUCAACUGGAUCGACGGACGUGGUAAGGGUGUUGUUGCUGAGGCUAUCAUCCCCGGUGAGGUUGUUCGCAGCGUUCUCAAGAGCGAUGUCGACUCUCUCGUCGAGCUCAACGUUGCUAAGAACCUGAUUGGUUCCGCUAUGGCUGGUUCACUCGGUGGUUUCAACGCCCACGCUGCCAACAUUGUCGCUGCUAUUUUCCUGGCCACCGGUCAGGACCCUGCUCAGGUUGUUGAGAGCGCCAACUGUAUCACCAUUAUGAAGAACCUCAACGGAGCUCUUCAGAUCUCCGUCUCUAUGCCCUCGCUUGAGGUUGGAACUCUUGGUGGUGGUACUAUCCUCGAGCCCCAGAGCGCUAUGCUCGACAUCCUUGGUGUUCGAGGCUCUCACCCUACCAACCCCGGUGACAACGCCCGCCGUCUCGCCCGCAUCAUCGGUGCAGCCGUCCUCGCCGGCGAGCUUUCUCUCUGCAGUGCCUUGGCCGCUGGUCAUCUCGUCCGAGCUCACAUGCAGCACAACCGAAGUGCCGCUCCCUCUCGCAGCACCACCCCUGCUCCUCCCAUGACGCCCGUCUCCCUGGCCAUGACCAAUGCUCAGGAGCGCUCAGCGUCAACAACGUCGAUGAGCGCUGCUGCUAUUCAGAGGUCAAAGCGAUAGACGAAUAACUUUGCAUUUGAAGGAGUAGAGGCGACCGGAUGAUAAAAAGUUUACAUAGACGAGAUCAUGUAUGAGUAUGAUAAACUACACGCAUGGUCUGGGAUGGAGUGGAUGGUCACACAGCAUGGAGUUUUUGCAUUGAACAUUCUGGAAAGAUGAGAGCAUCCAUACAUACAUACAUAUACAGCCGCCGAAAGAUGGCCAUAUUGAAGAUGGUAGUUAUGUUAAAGUACCACUUCGCUAUUCAAUUUUAAUCCUUUUUUCGUUAAAUCAUGCCAUAUGUCUCUACUUUUGCCACUGCAUCUCCAUCAAUGGGCGUGAACUUGAUGCCCUUGUCCUCCAUGCCUCUCCUGCACUCCUCCCACUUAUCAGGCAUGACUGGCUUUGUCCCUUCGUUGACAAUCCACGUCGUAUAACCUUCCUGCAGCGCAUCCUCCGCCGUAGCUUUAACGCAAAAGUCCGCUGCCAACCCAACCACAAAAACAUCCGUUACGCCCUGCUCACUCAACAUGCCUGCGAGUCCACUAUCACUCACCCUAAACGGAUCAUAAAACGCACUGUACAUCUCCACGCGCUCAUCCUGACCCUUUUCGAUAACAGCGUGAACUCGCGAGACGUCUAACUCUGGGACCAGCUCACAGCCCGGUGUGCCUUGAACGCAGUGCGUUGGCCAUAACGUUGUGGUGUAACUCUGGGACGGGUCGUUUGGGUGCUGGAUUGUUGUAGUUGAUGUGUAUGGUGUUGAAGAGGGAUGGUUUGAGGCGAAGGAUAUGUGGGAGGGUGGGUGGAAGUCUUUUGUUGCGAGGAUGAGAGGGAAAGGGAGGGUUGUUAGAUGGUUUAUGGGGGAUGCGAUUGUGCGGCCUGAAGGGACAGCGAGGGAGCCCGACUGGAGAUGUUAGAUAGCUGGGCUUGGAUGAGAUCAUGACAGUGAAGAUUCGAUACUCACUGGCGGGCAGAAGUCUUCUUGGAAGUCGACAAUGAUGAGCGCAGGCUUAUACGGUUUAUCGCUCGCCAUCUUUUAACUUAUCGUUUGAGCGUCUAGGGGAGGACCUCGAUUUUAAAUGACAAAAAGACUGAGGCACUUUGACUUGAGUUUAGGAUGGAUGACCUUUGCUGGGUUUAUUGAGACGCCCUAUAUUAAAGGUUCGAUGUUUUCUUGACCC